CCCCCGCGAUGCCUCCCGCUGCCCGCGCGUCCCGGCCCGGCGCCGCCGCCGCGUCCCGGUGAGGUUUUCCCCUCUGGUGAGGCGAUGCUGCGGCGGCUGCUGGAGCGGCCGUGCUCGCUGGCGCUGCUGGUCGGCUGCCAGUUCGCCUUCGUCGCCUACUUCUCGCUCGGCGGGUUUCGCAACCUCACGGCGCUUUUCGGCCGCGGGGCCGGGCCCAGCUUCGACUAUUCCCGCACCCGCGACGUCUACGAGAACCUGAGCCGGCUCCUGCCCCCCCGGCCCCCGCCGCCAGACCCCGCCAGACCCCUCCCGUACUGCCCCGAGAGAUCGCCCUUCCUCGUGGGUCCCCUGACGGUGACCUUCGCCCGGGUGCCGUCGCUGGAGCUCAUCCAGGCCAAGAACCCGGGGGUGGGGCCGGGGGGGCGGUACCGGCCCCCCCUGUGCGAGGCCCGGUCCCGCACGGCCGUCAUCGUCCCCCACCGCAACCGGGAGAGCCACCUGGGCCACCUCCUCUACUACCUGCACCCCUUCCUGCAGCGCCAGCAGCUCCACUACGGCAUCUACGUCGUGCACCAGGCCGGGAAUUCCACGUUCAACCGGGCGAAGCUGCUGAACGUGGGGGUGAAGGAGGCCCUGAAGGACGAGGACUGGGAUUGUCUCUUCCUGCACGACGUGGAUUUGAUCCCGGAGAACGACCACAACCUCUACACCUGCGACCCCUGGAACCCCAAACACGUCUCUGUGGCCAUGAACAAAUUCGGCUACAGCCUGCCGUACCCCCAGUAUUUUGGGGGGGUCUCAGCCCUGACCCCCGACCAGUACAUGAAGAUCAACGGGUUCCCCAACGAGUACUGGGGCUGGGGGGGCGAGGACGACGACAUUGCCACCAGGGUGCGCCUGGCCGGGAUGAAGAUCUCCCGCCCCCCCAUCUCCAUCGGCCACUACAAGAUGGUGAAGCACAAGGGGGACAAAGGCAACGAGGAGAACCCCCACAGGUUCGACCUGCUGGUGCGGACCCAGCGCGCCUGGACCCAGGACGGGAUGAACUCCCUGACCUAUUCCCUGCUGGAAAAGCGGCUCCAGCCCCUCUACACCAACCUCACCGUGGACAUCGGCACCGACCCCCGCGGCCCCCACGGAGCCCCCGGCAGCUCCCGCCGCUUCCGGGAGGAGAUGCUGCGCCAGCCCCCCCGGGGGGCCCUGCCCCUGCCCCUGGCGCUGGCACGGGGGGCUCCCCCCCCCCACAGCCUGCCCACGGCCCCCCCCGCGGCCCCCAACAGCACCCAGGGCCCGGGGACCACCCAGGACCCCCGGGGGGGCAACCAGAGCCUGGCACGGGGACCCCUUUAACCCCCCCCUUCCCGCACUGGGCCCCCCAGUGUGGCCUCGCUGGAUGGACUGGGGUGGGGGGCACUGGGAGCCCUGCCUGGUGUUGGGGGGCACCCCGGGGUGAGCCUGACCCCCGGGGGACGGUGGGGGGGGGUCUCUGGGGGUCCCCGAAUCGGGCGCUCGCGGGUAUUUAUUCUAUUUAUGAGCCGCUCCCUGGGCCUUUGUAAGGGGUUGAGGGGUUUUUUUUGUCAAUUAAAAAAGAAAAUCGCUUUGUCCUACAGCCA